CGUGUAUACACAAAUUUCCUUAUAAGUGGAGUGACAAAAAAAAAUCGGCCUCACAUCAUACCACUUGCCUAUUCCAGUAGGAAAACGAUAGGUGGCAACUCCCAUGAAAAUUGGUGCCUAAUACGUUUCCUUCCAUUUCUCAUAGGGGACCUUAUACCAGAGGGUGAGCUGGCUUGGCAAGUGAUACUAGACCUGAAGGAAAUCGUAGAGUUGGUUGUGGCACCUGUUCACACGCACGAGACCAUUGCGUACCUUGAUGUCAAAGUGUCUGAGCACAGACACAGGUUGCUUGAGCUUAUCCCAGGUGUGACGCUGAAACCUAAACACCAUUAUAUCGAGCAUUACUCACACUUGAUCAGGUGCUUUGGGCCUCUUGUGGGUGGACUAUAAGGUUUGAGGCCAAACACCGUUUUUUUAAACAAGUAGCUCGACACACAAAUAAUUUCAGGAAUAUUGCACUUACUCUGGCAAGCAAACACCAGCAAUUGAUCAGUUAUCACUUGCAUUCAUCCAGUCUCAGUGCAUCAAAUGUGGAAGUUACAAAUGUCUCCAUAGUCCCAGUUGAUGUUUUGAAUGAGGAGGUUGUAUUGGCUCUCAGACUGAAGUAUCCAGACAUCAGUCAAGUGAAUCUCACAAAGAAUGUCACCACUAAAGGGAUCAACUACAGAAAUGGGAUGUUUUUGGCAUGUGGGUCAACGGCUGGAAUGCCUGAAUUUGCAGAGAUCAUACAAAUAUGUAUAGUGAGAGAUGAGUUGAGCUUCAUAGUUCGUUUAUACUUUGCUUGGUAUCAGCACCAUUUUGGGGCGUUCCAGUUGACAUUGUCACCAGGAAGAGAGGUUGCCCUUGUUCAGCUUGAGGAGCUGACGGAUUACUGUCCACUUGUGGCCUACACAGUCGGAUCCAGACGUAUGGUGACCCUGAAGAGACACAUCGUCAUUACAGAUUAGCAAAGCAGGAUGGCUGCACGAGUAACCUUCAGAGUCCUCUUUUACGAGUUGAAGAGGAUGCAAGAAAUCUCUCCAUUGAAUCCGGAAUACCAAGAACUGUGGAGGACUUGGCUCUUAAAAUCAAGACUUUCUUUGAAGUGACUGAGAAGUUCAGACUUCAGUACAAAGACAAAGACAUGGAUAAUCAGUUCAUGAAUCUCUUGUCAACAUCAGAACUUGAAGAUAAAGGGACUUUGAAAGUGGUGUACAUGCUUUGUGAGACAACCAGGUCCGCUCCACUCACGGAAGAUGCCUGCUGCACAAUCCCAGGUACUCCUUCCAAAGCCAGCUCUUCAUCACAAGAACCAAGUGAUUCAGACUCCCACUCCAGCAAUGAUACCAUCGUCUUGUCAUCGCCUGACACCCGGUCCUGCCCCUGGCCCAGACCCUUUGUCGUGCCCCGCUUCUCAUCCUGUGCUGAGAUUAUGCUCCAGAAAGGAAAUGAUGAGUUCAAGGCACAGGGAACUGUUCUGUGUCCUACGCCAAAAGUACGCUCAGAUAUCCUUGAAGGCCUAGCUGAGGAAAUAAUAAAGUACACAGCUUACCCAAGGGAUGAGCAAUUAGAGGAAGUGGCAAAGGCUCUGAUACAGUCACAUCCAUGUUUACUGGAAAAAGUAACACGAACUGGAUACUGUGGCUGGAAGCAUUACCUGAAGAUAAAAAUGAUGAACUUCCGCACCAAGCUGAGCCGAGCUGGACACCCCGAGGUUGCCAUCAACUCUCUGAAAAACAAGCAAAGUGGCCAGCAGUCUCCAGCAGCCAACAUCAAGAAGCCCAGGAAGGGAGAUGUACAUUUCUGUCCGAACAUCCCUAGUGGUGAAACAAAACACAGUUUGGAGAUGGAAAGGGUGGCUCUACUGAUGGAGGUAAAAAAGAAGAAAAGGGAUGAGGCCCUCAUCAAGGAAAAGAUGCAGCGUACAUUCUCCCUCAGGAGACAGGAGGUUCUCCAGGAGCCAAAGAUUCCAGAGUUUUUCAAUAAAUGGCCAGCACUCGUCAUUGAGAUCAACUUGGAGUUUAUGCGGCUGACAACUGUACCACUGACCUCAACAUUUUUGAGGGAACUGGACCGCCUGACCGGCGACCUGAUCAGGGUUUUCAACACUAAAGGGGGAGCUGCAGGGGAAAAAAUCUGA